AUUCGCUGUGAUGGGAGGGAGCGGAGAAUAGAUGGGCGUCUGCCUCGCUAGUUUAUUCAAGGAGGAAGAGAAAGGUAUGAGAGGGGCAGGGCAUGGAGAACAGAGGUAGGCUAGAUUAAAUACAAGUAAGGGUUCUCUUGCAGAUUCUUCUUAGAUCUAGGGCUGUUGACUAGUCUUUAUCAUAACCAACAGACUGCAAGGGAAAUCAUUGAAACAUUGUAUUCAUACUUUCAUAUUAUAAUGCGGAAGGCAUGUCUUGUAAAGUGACAUGUCACGACAGAGCGAGAAUAUGAGCUAAUAGUCAGUCAAAAGCGAAGUAUUAAGACAGGUUUAUACGGAACAAAAAAAAACAGAGGAGAGAAGGCGAACUAUGACCGAAAAUGAUUUCUGCUAAGAAAACUCCGGAAAAGAGUCGUUAUCCUAUUCACUACAUGGUGUGGCACGACAAACAUCCGCAACUAGAGAAAGCGCUAUCCGGGAACGAGCAGGUGGACGUGGAGACCCUGGACCCCCGGGGUCGGACUCCCCUCCAUCUGGCUGUCACUCUGGGUCACCUGGACUGUGCCCGUCUGCUCCUCCAACAUGGUGCUGACGUCAGCAAGGAGAACCGCAAUGGCUGGACGGUGCUCCAGGAGGCAGUCAGUACACGAGACCCGGAGCUGGUGCGUCUAGUUCUGCAUUACCGUGACUACCAGCGGACCACUAAGAGACUGGCGGGAAUCCCUGUCCUCCUGGAGAGACUGCACCAGGCUCAGGACUUUUACGUGGAGAUGAAAUGGGAGUUUACAAGCUGGGUGCCGCUGGUGUCUCGUAUCUGUCCCAGUGACACAUACCGCGUGUGGAAGAGUGGCCAGUGUCUGCGCGUAGACACCACUCUCAUGGGCUUUGAUCAGAUGACCUGGCAGAGAGGAAACCGAAGCUUCAUCUUCCGGGGUCAAGACUCCAGUGCGGUGGUGAUGGAGGUGGACCACGACAGACAGCUGGUGUUCUGUGAGACCCUGUGUGUGUCCUCUCUGACGUCUCCCACCUCGCAGCGGGGCACUGCCGGCCUGGGCCUCCUGGGGGCACUACAGCCCAGCGGGGAGCAGGUGGUAGCCCGUCUCUCCGCCCCCGUGGUCACCACCCAGCUAGACACCAAAAAUAUCACCUUCGAGAGGAAUAAGACUGGCAUCCUAGGCUGGCGCAGUGAGAAGAACGAGAUGGUGAACGGGUAUGAGGCUAAGGUGUACGGCGCCUCCAAUGUGGAACUGAUCACUCGAACCCGAACGGACCAUCUCAGUGAGCCACUCAAGGCGAAGCCCAAAGUCGGUAAGACGCCCCUGCAAAACUUCCUAGGGAUCGCCGAGCAACACAUGGGGCCCAACAAUGGGGCCCUAGUGACUCAGAUGUCAUGUCCUGCCGUGACCAACCCCACAGCCCUGACAGCCGAGGAGUACUUCAAUCCCAACCUGCCCCUGGGCACCCGGGAUAUUGGCCACCCCUGUCAACUCACCACCAAGACUCAGAGGUUCAAGGCUAAGCUGUGGCUGUGUGAGGCCCAUCCUCUGUCCCUAGCGGAGCAGGUGGCACCCAUCAUUGACCUCAUGGCCAUCUCCAAUGCUCUCUUCGCCAAGCUCAGGGAUUUCAUUACCCUGCGACUGCCACCUGGCUUCCCUGUCAAGAUCGAAAUUCCCAUCUAUCACAUCCUGAAUGCCCGGAUCACCUUUGGGAACCUGAAUGGGUGUGAGGAGGGGUCGGUGACAGGGCCGGGCAGGGUGGAGGGGGAGGUGGAUGGACAGAAGGACAGCAGCCCCAGGACUGACACAGACACCCCCUCCCCAGGCAGUGACUCUUCUAGUGUCUCCAGCUCCAGCUCCACAACGUCGUGUCGUGGAGGGGAGAUCCCCCCAUGUGUGUUCGAGCCCCCUCAGGGUUACACUGUGCUGGGAGGCAACCAGAGGGACAACAACAUGCGUGGUGAUGAGGAGGAGGAUCUGCUGCAGUUUGCCAUCCAACAGAGUCUGCUGGAGGCUGGCUCGGAGUACGACCAGGUGACUAUCUGGGAGGCGCUGACCAACAGCAAGCCCAGCACACGUACUCUUCCCUGUGACCCCAGUCGCCUGCAAAGGACUCCCCAGCACAGGCCUUGCCCUCCAGCCAGCCUCUGUAACACGCCCACCAAGAAGCCCCCCACAACCUGCAGCUACGACCAGCAGCUCCGCCUGGCAAUGGAAAUGUCGGCGCGGGAGCAGGCAGAGGCCGAGCUACGGCGACGGCAAGAGGAGGAGGAGCUGCAGCGGAUCAUCCAACUGUCACUCUUGGAGAAAUGAGAGCCUGAUUGGCCAGAUGGGCUCUAGGAGGUAUGGGAGAGGAGGAGGGUGGAGGUCCAGAGAGGGUAGUCAAUAAGUUCACUCUACUCCUGGCUGUGACAGCCUUGCUCCUCCGACCAUCCCAUAUCCCCUUUCCCACUGCGCUCCUUCAAUAAGAGCCUGUCUGUGUGGCACAACAGGGCUUUACAGUGCUGAUACAGCUACAGUACAGACUCACUACUCUCUGGUGCCACUCUGCACUCGCUGUCAGUGCAAGUUUACAACAAGAAACAAGAAGAAACACUUUUAAUGGAAUGCUACAUUGACCGACCACAUCAGUGGUGCUAGGGUAAUACAAAUUGUGUUUGUGAAGGCCACUCUUUAAUAAAUGGUCCUGUGAUUGGGGUAUAGGGUUUGUGUCCACUUCACAGACCUGGGUCUUAUUCAUUAGGCACCAAUGAAAGAAAAUGUAAUGAAACAGGGAUGGACUACCUGAAAUUGUCCAAUAGAAACACUUGUUUUUGUUUACCGUUGCAAAUCAUUCUGCUAUAGUGUGCCCUAGUGAAUACUGCCCUCUGUGUGAGUGUCAGUUGGGUCAAGUGGGGUGGGAUGUUGAAAUACUCUGUUUCUUCCUCAUUUUUAAUAGAUUGCUACAUCCCCCCCCCCCCUAAUUUGCACAAAAUUGAAAGUACUGUAUUUAGACUGUGGAUGGACACUUGAUGACUGUUAAUGGUUCUAAUAAGUAGAGAAAUAGAAUAAUAACCCUAUAGAGUUCAUGUUAAUAUGAUAACACUAUGACAGGAGUUCAUGUUAAUAUGAUAACACUAUGACAGGAGUUAAUGUUAAUAUGAUAACACUAUGACAGGAGUUAAUGCUAAUAUGAUACCAGUUCGUGUUAAUAUGAUAACACUAUGACAGGAGUUAAUCUUAAUAUGUUAAUGUUAUAACACUAUGACAGGAGUUAAUGUUAAUAUGUUAAUAUGUUAACACUAUGACAGGAGUUCAUGUUAACAUGAUAACACUAUGACAGGAGUUCAUGUUAACAUGAUAACACUAUGACAGUAGUUCAUGUUAAUAUGAUAACACUAUGACAGUAGUUCAUGUUAACAUGAUAACACUAUGACAGGAGUUCAUGUUAACAUGAUAACACUAUGACAGUAGUUCAUGUUAAUAUGAUAACACUAUGACAGGAGUUCAUGUUAACAUGAUAACACUAUGACAGUAGUUCAUGUUAAUAUGAUAACACUAUGACAGGAGUUCAUGUUAACAUGAUAACACUAUGACAGUAGUUCAUGUUAAUAUGAUAACACUAUGACAGGAGUUCAUGUUAAUAUGAUAACACUAUGACAGUAGUUCAUGUUAAUAUGAUAACACUAUGACAGGAGUUCAUGUUAACAUGAUAACACUAUGACAGUAGUUCAUGUUAAUAUGAUAACACUAUGACAGUAGUUCAUGUUAAUAUGAUAACACUAUGACAGGAGUUCAUGUUAACAUGAUAACACUAUGACAGUAGUUCAUGUUAAUAUGUUAACACUAUGACAGGAGUUCAUGUUAACAUGAUAACACUAUGACAGGAGUUCAUGUUAACAUGAUAACACUAUGACAGUAGUUCAUGUUAAUAUGAUAACACUAUGACAGUAGUUCAUGUUAAUGUGAUAACACUAUGACAGGAGUUAAUGCUAAUAUGAUACGAGUUCAUGUUAAUAUGAUAACACUAUGACAGUAGUUCAUGUUAAUAUGAUAACACUAUAACAGGAGUUCAUGUUAAUAUGAUAACACUAUGACAGUAGUUCAUGUUAAUAUGUUAAUGUGUUAACCCUAUGACAGGAGUUAAUGUUAAUAUGUUAACCCUAUGACAGGAGUUCAUGUUAAUAUGUUAACCCUAUGACAGGAAUUCAUGUUAAUAUGUUAACCCUAUGACAGGAAUUCAUGUUAAUAUGAUAACACUAUGACAGUAGUUCAUGUUAAUGUGAUAACACUAUGACAAGAGUUCAUGCUAAUAUGAUAUGAGUUCAUGUUAAUAUGAUAACACUAUGACAGUAGUUCAUGUUAAUGUGAUAACACUAUGACAGGAGUUAAUGCUAAUAUGAUACGAGUUCAUGUUAAUAUGAUAACACUAUGACAGUAGUUCAUGUUAAUAUGAUAACACUAUGACAGUAGUUCAUGUUAAUAUGAUAACACUAUGACAGUAGUUCAUGUUCAUAUGUUAAUAUGAUAACACUAUGACAGGAGUUAGUGUUAAUGUGUUAACACUAUGACAGGAGUAAAUGCUAAUAUGAUACGA